CAAAUGUCAAAAAGCCCAAGUUGAAAUAUCCUCACAAACUUUUUUACAAUGCGAGCUUGCGGAAAAUAUCUGAAAAAUUCCGCGAAGCGAAAAUGUUUAAAUAGCAUUACUCAGACAGAUUCAUCUAGCAUCUAGUCAGUAUCAAUCGAGUGCCAGUGUGGUUGUGCGCGCCAGAUUUAAAAAAAGAAUAUGGCCAAUUUAGCGGUUUUCGAUUUUGAUCGUACAAUAGUUGAUGAAGAUUCUGAUGCUACUAUUAUAAAUAGAUUAAGAGAAAAGAAACCUCCACCUGAAUGGGAUUCUGGCAACUGUGAUUGGACCCCGUAUAUGAGUGAUGUAUUUGAACACGCGUACUCAGCUGGUUUCCACCCCGACGACAUACUCGACAGCAUAGCGUCCAUGCGCCCCACGCGGGGCAUGCCCGAGCUGAUACGGACCCUGUCUGAUAGGGGCUGGGACGUGGUGCUGCUGACGGACGCCAACACCGUCUUCGUGGGCCAUUGGCUGAAGACGCACGGGCUGGAGGACGCGGUCACGUCCGUGAUCACGAACCGCGCGUUCUGGCAGCACGGGCGGCUGUACAUCGAGCCGUGCAUGCGCCAGAGCGGCUGCCGCGCGUGCCCCGCCAACCUGUGCAAGUCGCGUGCGCUCGCGCAGUGGUGUGCUACCCGCCACUACACCAGGCUGGUGUACGCCGGCGACGGCAGGAACGACUUCUGUCCCGCCACCAGCUUGCCCUCUGACGCAAUAGUGUUCCCACGCAAGGGUUACCCGCUCGAUGACCUAAUUAAGAAGACGCUGGCAACACCAGAGCCGAAGGUGAAAGCGAAAGUAGUCCCGUGGGUCGAUGGGUUCGCUAUAUUGGCCGAACUAUUCCCAACUAGCUAAAUUAUAGAUUAAAUAUAUGUUUUACACGUUUUUUAUUUAUUUGAUGUAUGUGGCAACGUUUUUUUAUUGAAUUAAAUUAAUGUAAACGUGAAUGUAAAAAUAACAUUCGUUGUGGAAAUAAA